UACACUAAUUGUAUAAUUAACAGUGUUUUGUAAAUAAUAACAUUACUUAUUGUAAAUAUUAACCAUUUACAUAUACAUAAGAAACAGUAAAUAAUUUGAUUUAUAUGUGAUACUUUGAUAUUUUCUUUAUUAAAAGCUAUGAAAUUGAUGUAUACUGCCUGUAAUCUACUGUAAGUUCGGAGGAUCGAUAAUUUUUUUUUUAUCGAUCUAACAUUAUAUCAAUUCGUCAAAUUUUUUAAUAAUAAAAAUGGCUGAUUCCGAGGAAGAAAGUGAUAGAGACAUAAUGUCUGCAAUUAAUAUGACUGGCUUCUUGUUUGGAAACAUCGAUGACAAUGGUCAACUGGAAGAUGAUAUUCUUGACCCAGAGGCAAAACAACAUUUAGCUUCGCUUAGUCGUCUUGGCUUGAGCUCGUUUAUUCGUGAAAUGAUACCAAAUGACAAUACUACAGAAGAAAUAGACGAUGAACUUGAUAAUAAACGCGAAGGAAGAAAUCAAAUAAUCGAUGAGAACGAUAUGAAUUAUAGUGAAAAAUCACCUAAUGCUUUUGAUUUCUCCGAUAUCAAUGAAUUAGCAGAUGAUGUAAAUGAGGAUAAUAAUACAUUUGGUGGAAGAAGUGAAAAAGAAAAUGAUUACGAUGCAGACGACGAAGAAGUUAUUAAUAAAUCUGAUACGCAAUUAAUGCCACCACCUCCGGUGCCGGAGGAGAAGGAAGUGCUUACUGCGGAAGAGGCAGAAGCCGCUCGUCAGCGAAAAUUAGAGACUCCCCUUGCUUCUAUGUUACCAUCUAAAUAUGCCAAUGUUGAUGUCACCGAAUUGUUUCCUGACUUUCGCGCUAAUAAAGUAUUACGAUUUUCAAGAUUAUUUGGUCCAGGAAAACCUAGUAGUCUUCCGCAGAUAUGGAGGGGCGUUAAAAGACGUCGUAAAAAAAAGCGACAUCAUGAUAUUAGAGAUUCCGAUUCUGGUUCUGAUCAAGAUGAAAGAAAACCAAAGUUCAAAGGUUGGAUGAUGCAAUAUGGUACAGAUCCAACUCCAGAUAUGUGCCGGUCCGAUGAUGAAACUAAAUUACUAUUACCAGUAGAAGAUAAAGAACAAACUGGCAAAACAGGCGAAAGCGGAGAGAACGGAGAUAUGGGACCAAAAGUAGCUGAUUGGCGGUUUGGGCCUGCUCAGCUUUGGUACGACAUGCUUCAAGUUCCAGAAACCGGAGAUGGUUUUAAUUAUGGAUUUAAAACUGCAGAUAAGAUGGAUGAACACAAUAAUAAAGAAACAACAGAGGAGUUUUCUGAUGAUGCAUUUUUAAUGGUAUCGCAAUUACAUUGGGAAGAUGAUGUUAUUUGGAAUGGCGAUGACAUAAAACAUAAAGUGUUACAAAAAUUAAAUAGUAAAAAUAAUGCUGCUGGAUGGGUACCAUCUAGCGGAAAUAGAACCGCUCAAGCAUUUAGUCAACCAGGAAAAGGUGCACCUGUUCCUGUUGCAUCGAAUAUUCGACUUGCUACUUCACAAAUUACAACUCCAUUACACAUGCAAUCUCAGAAGAAUAAAAUGAAUAUGAAUAAAGGAAGUCAGCAACAAACACGGGAAGAAAAUUAUGAUGACACUUGGUAUUCCAUUUUUCCUGUAGAAAAUGAAGAACUGGUAUAUGGAUUGUGGGAGGAAGAAGUUAUUUGGGAUCCUGAGAAUAUGAAAAAGAUUCCGAAGCCAAAAAUUCUUACUUUGGACCCGAACGAUGAAAACAUUGUUCUUGGUAUCCCCGAUGACAUAGAUCCAGCAUUGCUUCAUAAAGAUAACGGACCCCAACCAAAAGUGAAAAUACCCCAUCCGCAUGUUAAAAAGAGUAAAUUAUUGCUGGGAAAAGCUGGAGUUAUUAAUGUUUUAGAAGAAGAUACCCCACCACCGCCACCGAAGUCACCUGACAGAGAUCCAUUUAAUAUUUCGAACGACACAUACUACAUGCCAAGGUCAUCGGAAACGACACUAAGGUUAAAAGUUGGCGGUGGAAAUCUAAUACAGCAUAGCACACCAGUAGUAGAACUACGUGUUCCAUUUGUUCAAACGCAUAUGGGACCUUUACGACUUCGAAAUUUCCAUAGGCCGCCUUUAAGGAGAUUCAGUUAUGGCCCACUUGCGCAUCCUGGCCCUCAUUCUGUUUUGCCGUUAUUGAAACACAUAAAAAAGAAAGCCAAACAAAGAGAACAAGAAAGAAUUGCAUCCGGCGGUGGAGAUGUAUUUUUCAUGAGAACUCCCGAAGACUUAACUGGUAAAGAUGGCGAAUUGGUACUCGUCGAAUUCUCGGAAGAGCAUCCGCCGUUAAUGAAUCAAGUGGGAAUGUGCUCUAAAGUGAAAAAUUAUUAUAAAAGAAAGGCUGGUAAAGACCAAGGACCACAGAAAUAUAAAUAUGGCGAAACUGCUUACGCGCACACCAGCCCGUUCCUUGGAAUUCUUACGCCGGGUCAAAGUAUACAAGCAAUCGAAAAUAAUAUGUACAGAGCGCCGAUCUACGAGCACCGAAUUCCAGAGACAGACUUUCUAGUUAUCAGGACGAGGCAGCAAUAUUACGUCCGAGAAAUGGAUGCCAUAUUCGUUGCUGGACAAGAGUGUCCACUUUACGAAGUACCGGGUCCUAAUUCCAAGAGAGCUAACAAUUUUGUGAGGGACUUUUUACAAGUUUUCAUAUACAGAUUAUUUUGGAAGUCGCGAGAUACACCUAGGCGUAUUAAAAUGGAUGACAUUAAAAAAGCAUUUCCGUCGCAUAGCGAAAGUAGCAUUAGAAAACGCUUGAAGCUGUGUGCCGAUUUCAAGAGGACAGGUAUGGAUUCUAAUUGGUGGGUAAUAAAGCCGGACUUUAGAUUACCAACCGAAGAGGAAAUUAGAGCAAUGGUAUCUCCGGAACAAUGUUGCUCGUACUUUAGUAUGGUUGCGGCAGAGCAACGGUUGAAAGAUGCUGGUUACGGUGAAAAGUUUCUUUUUACUCCUCAAGAUGACGACGAUGAGGAGAUGCAAUUAAAAAUGGACGAUGAAGUUAAAGUUGCACCUUGGAAUACAACACGAGCAUACAUUCAAGCCAUGAAAGGCAAAUGCCUGUUACAAUUGGCGGGACCAGCAGAUCCAACAGGUUGUGGCGAAGGAUUCUCUUACGUCAGAGUUCCAAAUAAACCAACAAUUAGUAAGGAAGAACAAGAAGCUCAACCGAAGAGGACUGUAACUGGAACUGACGCCGAUUUAAGAAGACUGUCGUUAAAUAAUGCCAAAGCGUUGCUUCGUAAAUUUGGUGUGCCCGAAGAAGAAAUUAAAAAAUUAUCCCGAUGGGAGGUAAUAGACGUAGUUAGAACAUUAUCCACGGAAAAGGCUAAAGCUGGGGAGGAGGGUAUGACAAAAUUCUCGCGUGGUAAUCGAUUUUCGAUUGCCGAGCAUCAAGAGAGAUACAAAGAAGAAUGUCAAAGGAUUUUUGAUUUGCAAAAUCGCGUCCUGUCCUCCAACGAAGUGCUAAGUACCGACGAAGGUGAGAGCUCGGAAGAAGAUAGCUCCGAUAUAGAAGAAAUGGGUAAAAAUAUAGAAAACAUGCUUUCCAAUAAGAAAACAAGCACCCAGUUGUCUCUUGAGCGAGAAGAGCAACAGCGGCACGAAUUGCGAAAGAUGUUAAUGGGCGAGGUUCAGGAGCAAGAAAAAAAGAGCAAAGAGAAAAAGAAAGACGACGAAGAGGACAGUCCUAUAAAUAAUUUUAAUGCGCAACAGGGUAGGGUUCUUAAGAUUUAUCGGACGUUCAGAAAUCCGGAAGGAAAAGAGUUUAAAAGAGUGGAAUUUGUUAGAAAGCCAGCGGUAAUAGACACGUAUAUAAAAAUUAGGAAUUCUAAAGAUGAAACGUUCAUCAAACAAUUCGCGACUCUCGACGAGGCGCAGAAAGAAGAAAUGAAACGGGAGAAAAGAAGAAUUCAGGAACAAUUACGUAGGAUCAAGAGAAAUCAAGAACGGGAACGUAUGAUCGGUGGUCUAAUGACAGGAAAUAACGUAUCGUCGCAUAAUAUAUUCGACCGUAGCAAUACUAAUAUUCCAAUCACUACAUCCUCAAACAGUAUCCUUCCUUUCUGUAAUUCUUUCCAAUCUACUUCUCCUGCUUCUAAACACCCUAAACCUGAAGUAUCUCCUUCGAAACGUAAGAAACCUAAACUUAAACCAGACCUUAAAUUAAAGUGCGGUGCUUGCGGCAAUGUGGGCCAUAUGCGUACGAAUAAAGCCUGCCCCUUGUAUCAAAAUAGUAUAACUACAGCGCCAGUGAAUGUUGCAAUGACUGAGGAACAAGAGGAAGAAAUUGAAAAGCAACUUAAUACGGAUGAUCAGGAUCUUGUCAAUGUAGAUGGAACUAAAGUAAAGUUAUCGUCUAAAUUGAUCAAGCAUGCCGAGGAAAUGAAGAGGCGUACGUUAUUGUUGAAAGUGCCCAAAGAGGCUGUGAACUCGAAAAAACGAAGGCGAGCUACCGGAGAUGAUCACUGUGAUUACCUUAAACGACAACAGAGACCUGCUAACAGACGUAGAACUGAUCCAGUCGUUGUCAUGUCUACAAUGUUAGAAAGUAUACUUAACGAAAUGAGAGAUCUGCCUGAUGUUCAGCCUUUCUUAUUUCCCGUUAAUGCUAAAGCUGUUCCUGAUUAUCAUAAAAUUAUACAACGACCUAUGGAUUUACAAACUAUACGCGAAAACUUGAGAUUAAAGAAAUACCAAAGUCGAGAAGAAUUUUUGGCCGAUGUCAAUCAAAUUGUAGAAAAUUCAACGUUAUACAAUGGAUCAAAAAGUUCAUUAACGGUAGCAGCUAAACGUAUGUUAGAGACUUGCGUAGAAAGGCUCGGUGAAAAGGAGGACCGUCUAAUGAGAUUAGAGAAAGCAAUUAAUCCUUUGCUUGACGACAAUGAUCAAGUUGCCCUUACGUUCAUUUUGGACAAUGUAGUUAAUAAUAAAUUGAAGUCGAUGACGGAAGCUUGGCCAUUCUUGAAACCAGUAAAUAAAAAGUUGGUGAAGGAUUACUACACUGUUAUCAAGAGACCUAUGGAUUUAGAGACUAUAUCAAAAAAAGUAUCUGCACAUAAAUACCAUAAUAGGCAUGAAUUUCACAGAGAUAUUGAACAGAUUCUGGAAAAUUGUACUAUAUAUAAUGGAAAAGAUUCUGUGUACACGCACAAAGCGGAAUUGCUUGUAAAAGUAUGCAAAGAAACAUUAGACGAGUAUGAUGAACAUCUGAUGCAAUUGGAAAAUAACAUACUACUAGUACAAAAACGGGCAAUGGAACAAGCAGAUAUAGAUCCUUUAUGGCUUGGUACGGAGGAAGAGAAUUAUACCAUUGUAGAACCAGAAUUUAGAGGGAGCCAAACGAGUUCACCAGAGAAUCCAUUUGGAAAGUCGAAUAUAGAUGAUUUUGAUUUUGUGGAUGUAGAAGGAGAUUUGGAGGGCGAUGGUAGUAGAAGUGCAAAUUCGAAGAAAAAAGAUGUCCUCGAAGAAGAUCUACAAUUCUCCAGCGAAGACGAAUUCGAUGAGGUUCCAUUUGGUACUGAUGAACAAUCCGAAAAUGCUGAGAUCGAUACACUUGAACUGAAUGAAGUUCGAGAAAGUGGAGUGGUGUUGGCGGAUGACGACAGUCAGCAGGCAGCAGAAGCAAUGGUUCAAUUGGGUAAUGUCGGUUUUUAUAUGGCGGAUCAACAAUUGCUUCAGCAAGAUGAAAGUAUGGAUGUCGAUCCAAAUUAUGAUCCUUCAGACUUUUUAUUAGCUGGUUUACCAGCAAGGGAUGAGAAAGGUCAAAAUAAGAUACAAGAUGAUCUGGCUGUAUCCGAAAGCGACGAUGAUAUAGAAAAUAGUGCACAACAAAAACAAAAAAUGCCACAAUUAUCGCAACCGGAGGAGGAUGUCGGUGGCGACUUAUGGUUUUAAGAAUUUCGUAUUUGUUUUAAGCAAUAAUAUUGUUCUAUAGUUUAUUUCUUAAAUCAAAAUACUUAUGUAUAAUAUUACAAUA